GUACGUCACAGGGUAAUUUUCUCCGUCCUUCAACCGGACCUUGAAGUCGUCGUGGCAGCACGAUGGCCAACUUGUCCCUGAUUGCUUUCCUCUUUCUGCUGCUGCUGCUGCUGCUCCUCCCCCUCCUCCCUGCGUCGUUGUCGCUGUGCGCAGCAGUUUCGCUGGAACCACCUUUUGCGUAAGGGAGGUCUCCAAGUCGACUCUGUGUGGCUGCCAGCUGUCCAGCACCCCACCAGCAUGUUCAGCCCGCGCGCGAUGUUUCAAGAUGGUGAGGCGGCUCUCGCCGAGCAAGGGAAGUGCAAGGCGGUGUGCCCCGAGUCGGGCGGGCUCAGCUCGGUCCCCACGCGAUGCCCCACGGCAGAGCUGUGCGCCUUUGGCGACGACCAGGAUGCCGACGCGUUCGAGGAGAUUUUGGGCGCCACCGCCUCGCCGAAGGACGGCGACGAGCCCGCGCUCCUCGAGGCGGUGCUCCGCGAGACGGCCGCACUCGGAGACGGGCACCCCGGGAGGGGGCCUGCGACGCUGGCGCCGAGGGGGGCUCCUGCGCGAGCCGCAGCGCCACCGAGGGGUGCCCCCAGGCGCCUCCGGUCCGUGGCGUACUGGGAGCAGAAGGCCGCCGCCGCCCGGCAGGCGGCGAGCUCGCCCUGGGAGCUUGGCGUGAGGCAGCGCCGCCCGCGCCACGAGGAGCACCGAGCGAGUUCCUCCACUCGCAGAGUGCCUACUCGCAAGCGCCCGGAAAACACGUGUCUGAUUCGAUAUGAUUUCUCGUAGAUCCCCCGCGGCGGAUCCAGGCCAUUUGCGAGCAGUCACUGUGCGGGUAGUGGAACGCGCUCGUUCAGAGGAGGACCGCCUCGGUUUGGGGGCGGCUCCGAGGGCUCCGGCAGGAGGCGCCGGAAACGAAGGUGCUGCUGACAGCCCCAGCAGCUGGGCGGGCGCUGUCUCCAGGGAGUUGCGCCGUGGGGCCUGCGGGCAGUCGGCGCCGCCAGCCCCGCCGCCAGGGUCGCCCUCGGCAGCACUCGGGGCCGCUCUGAGGUCGCGUGGUCGGUCGUACUACCCGGCUGGGAGUCGCUAGGUGAGCAUGAAGAAUAUUGGCGGUGGACAGAACCCACACACUGACACGUCGAUUAGUGAAUUGUCUGUUGUCGGUUCUCGAAAACCCGCAUCGUGAGGAUGAGCGACUUUCUUAAUGUUGCCCUGGCAUCAUUGCCCCUUCGGCCCAUCCCUGGCCGCUUUCGGUGGCCAGCCUCGCUCGAAGCUCGUUAACGUGGCGCUCCAAGGUCCUUGCAUCGAAGAAGAAAGCUCGCCAUGAGCAGAAUUUGUCAGCGAUCCGCGCGGAAUUUAUGGAUCCGCGCUGGGAUCCUUCGCAGGCGCCUCUGGCGCCCUUCCUUUUGACUACACAAUCGCUGGCGAGCUCAGCCAGAGCCACUCGCCCGAGAGGCAUGCUGCGUCAGUUUCACGGUCCCGCGCCCGUGCCUGGCAGGCGCUGAGCGCUCUCUUCCUUGCCUGGGGGUCUUGGAUGCUCGUGCAGGCACUAAUUACCAGUCACGAUCGUGAGCGUGCGCGGAUGACGUUUUCGCAGCAGCCGAAGUGUCCAGCCCCGCGCGGGAGGGGGAGGACGAUGGCAGCGGCGGCCCCCCCCACCUCCGCCUCCCUCCUCGUCUGCCUCUCUCCUCGGCCCUCCUCCGCAUCACCUCUUCUCCUCAUCGCCUUCCUCUUGCUGCCCCGAGCAUGGGCAGGGUCGCCAGCGAGCGUCACUACGGUCAACUUACUGACUGCAUAAGAUGCUCGCGCACGGCGCCAAUGUGUCUCAUUUUUUUAUUUUGUACAUAGUUUAUUUCCAACCAUCCUGUGGUGUUGGGUUCUCGUUUUGGAGAGACAGUCCACGCCGGUGCCCACAACGCUGUACUCACGGUUGCAUAUGAUUGGGCCAUUUGCCAGGGAAGUCUUUUAUAGCGUUUGCCCCAAGCGCGGCGAAGGGGUUCAUGCCCGCCGUCUGCUGCUUCGCGGGAAGGAUCUGCAACGUCUGUUGCCUUAACAUGUUGCACCCGCGCUAGUGCCUCGCCACUGAAACGUGGCGACGACGCGUCGCGCACUUUCCUCUGCAUGCGGGGGCGCUUUGAGGCGGGCCGUCGGCCAGACUAUCACGAGGUGGGCUGAGGGCAGCGCAGGGAGG